AUGGCUCCGGCAGAGCUGGAGACUUAUGCUUUCAAUGCUGACAUCAGCCAGUUGAUGUCCCUCAUCAUUAAUGCCUUCUACACGAACAAAGAGAUCUUUCUCCGAGAGCUGAUCUCGAACGCCUCUGAUGCCCUGGACAAAAUCCAGUUUCAGGCCUCGAAGGACCCGUCCAAGUUGGAUGCGGAGCCGAACCUGUGCAUCAAGGUGACACCCGACAAGGACGCCGGGACGGUGACCGUUGAGGAUACAGGUAUUGGCAUGACGCGGGAGGAGAUGAUCCUGCAUCUUGGCACCAUCGCCAAGUCCGGAACCAAGGCCUUCAUGGAGGCCGUGUCCUCCGGUGCGGACAUGUCUAUGAUUGGCCAGUUCGGUGUGGGCUUCUACAGCUCCUACCUAGUUUCGGAGAAAGUGCGGGUUGUCUCCAAGAGCAACGACGAUGAGCAGUAUGUCUGGGAGUCAACUGCCGGAGGCACCUUCCUGAUCUGGAAGGAUACCAAGUUCGAGCACGGCGUGCUGAAGCGCGGCACGAAAGUGAUCUGCUACUUGAAAGAGGAUCAGGCCGAAUUCCUCGAGUCCGACCGGCUCAAGGAGCUCAUCAUGAAGCACUCCGCCUUCGUAGGCUUCCCCAUCGACUUGCGCAUGGAGCAUCGCCAGGAGGAGGACAUCGUAGUAGAGGAGGAGGGUGAGGAAGCCCCGGAGAAGCGACGCAAGGUUACGGUGAGCUACUCAUGGGAGCUCAUCAACAAGAACAAGCCCUUGUGGCUUCGGCCAGCAUCGGAAGUCUCGCAUGAGGAGUAUGCUGAGCUGUACAAAUUCCUCUCUGGCGACUGGGAGGAUCAUCUUGCCGUAAAGCAUGUCAUGCAGAGCGGCCAGGUGGAUUUUAAAGCCCUUCUGUACUGUCCGACCACAGCGCCGAAGGACAUGUUCGACAUGGGCAAGAUGUCACAGCGGUUUAGCAUCCGGCUCUACGUGCGCAGGGUGUUCAUCAAAGAGUUCAACGACCUCAUCCCCAAGUGGAUGGGGUUUGUGAAGGGCAUCGUUGACAGCGAUGACAUGCCCCUGAACAUCAGCAGAGAGAUGCUGCAACAGAAUGCCAUUCUGAAGCACAUCAAGACCGGCUUGCAGAAGAAUAUCUUCAGCAUGUUCGAGGAGCUCUCUGCCGACAAAGCUCGCUUUAAGGCGUUCCACGAAGCUUUCUCACAGUGCCUCAAGCUCGGGGUCUAUGAGGACCAUGCUAACAGGGAGCAGAUUGUGCCCCUUCUGAGAUAUCACUCUUCAAAGUCUGGAGAGGAGGUGGUGGGCUUUGAUGAAUACAUCGCGCGGAUGAAACCAGGCCAGCGACACAUCCUUUACAUCACUGGCAGAACAAAGCGGGAUGCCGCGCGCUCGCCCUACAUCGAGGGCCUGAAGCGCGAUGGUUACGAAGUGAUUUACAUGACGGACCCCGUCGACGAGUAUGCUGUCCAGUUCCUCAAGGAAUACCGUGGCUACGAGGUGCUCAGCUGCAUGAGCAUGGACGCUGCGCGGCUCCUUGACCAUCGAUCGGAAGCGGACCUCAAGGCUGAACUGGAGCCGCUUCGGAAGCGGCUUCAGGAGCUCCUCACGGAGGGGGGUCCCCGUUCUGUCGCGCUGGCGUCGCUGAACCCCGAGUGCUGCGCGCAGCUGACCGAGCAGGGGGCGGUGCUGGAGCUGAACUUCAAGCACAGCUUCGUGAAGGAGCUCGGGAAGCACGCUGUUCUCAGCCAGGGCGCCCAACAGCCAUCUGAAGAGCACCUGGCUCUGAACCUUUGCAGGCUUUUGCAGGACAUGGCUGCCCUGGAGGGAGCAGAUGCAGAUGAUCCCGGACGGGCCGACACCUGCGAAAAGUGCCAGGACCUAAUCCAGGCCCUGAACGCUGGCGAGGCCGACGCUUCGGGAGAGCUGCCCGCGCUUGGUGCAGCGGCUGUGGCCCGAGAGGCUGCCCGCGAGCGGCUUGAGACCAGCGAGGGGAAGGCAGACGGGAGCGCCAACCUCCUCUCAUGCGGACGGCGAGUCCGGGUGGUGCGCGGUGAGCGUGCCAGGAGGGCCAUGAUCUCCUUCGUGGAUGAGGAUGCGAAGACUGUGGAUGUGCUGUACCCGCAGCCGGCCGCAUCUGGCAAGCAGGAGGAUGAAGAGGAGGGCGUGCCCGCAAAGUACGUUCAAGCCCUCCAGGAUUUUGAGCUGACCACCGUGCCCUCUGAGGACAGCCUCUUCAAAUCUGCCACAGCAGACAAAGAGCGGGGCAACCAGCUCUUCAAGCUCAAGGACUACGAGGCCGCCUCGGAGUUCUACGGCACCGCCUUGGCGCGCUUCGCAGCGCGGCCGGUGGGUCGUGGUGAGCAGGUGCUGCUGAGGCGACAAGAUCCCGACAAGGAGGGAAAGUCUGCCCUCGCAUUAGCCACGGUUCUGUCCGUCGACUCCGAGGGCUUGUGCGAGCUGUCCAAUGGGGCAGAGCUGCCAGCCAGUGAGCUGCUCCCUGUUUGCCAAGAGCUGCUCCCUUUGCACACAUCGCUCUACAUGAACAGGGCUCGGUGCAGACAGAACCUCGGCCGUCACGAGGAAGCCUCGCAGGACCUGUCCGCCGUCCUUGGACUCUGGCAAGCUGUCGACAAGCGCAUGUUACAAGCAGACCCAGAGAUGAAGGAGGCAGAGCUGAAAGGCUUGUACACGGCUGAGUAUCUGCGAGCACGCUCUAGGCUAGCACGUGGAUUGUCGAGAUCAGCAGCGCAGGAUGUGAAGGAUGCCCUCGCACGCACUCCGCCUGUUGCAACCGUGAAGCAGCUCAAGCAGCUCAAGACCGAGGUCCAGGCGGCCCAGGAGAAGCACCGCCAGGUGAACAGCCCUCUGGCCAAGGAGCAGAAGAGAGUGCUGGCUUGA